CAGAAAAUAAAAACACAAAGAACCGCCGAAUCACCGAACUUUUUUUUUUCCGGGGCCACCAAUGGAGACAACAGCCGCCAGCGGUGCCCUUGGCGGGGACGAUCUAUCGUCGUCGUCUCCGAUCACAGCCAUAUCUCGGUGGACCUUUGCUUUGUCCCAGCGGUACCAGCACAUGUUGGACCAGACGGUCCCACACAUCUUCCACCGCUGGAUCGCCUGCCUGGCGGUGGUAUUCAUCUACGCUGUGCGAGUCUACUUCGUCCAGGGAUUCUACAUCAUCACCUAUGGCCUCGGCAUCUACAUGUUGAAUCUUCUUAUGGGAUUCCUUUCCCCUCAGGUUGACCCCGAGAUGCAGGAUGGACCGACGCUCCCGACUCGUGGAUCGGAUGAGUUCAGGCCCUUCGUUCGCCGUCUCCCGGAGUUCAAGUUCUGGUACUCCAUUACGAAGGCUUUCUGCAUUGCUUUCAUUAUGACAUUCUUCAGCAUAUUUGAUGUGCCUGUAUUUUGGCCCAUACUCCUUUUCUACUGGCUUAUGCUUUUUAUUCUCACCAUGAGGAGGCAGAUACUGCACAUGAUCAAAUACAAAUAUGUCCCUUUCUCAUUGGGGAAACAGCGGUAUGAUGGCAAGAAGGCAGCUUCAGCUGAAAGCACGAGCCUUCCUAAGGAUUGAAUUACUCAGGUUGUAGGAUCCAUGCUGCUUUACUAAGUUGUAUCUAAGAGACGGUCUGGCCAUUCCUUUUCCAAUAUCCCCCAUUCAGUAUUCUUUUGACUGCUGAAGAUCUGCAAGGAUGUGCUGGUAUAAGUUGUCUUUGAGACCAACAGUGGCAUGCAGUAUAUUUAUUCUUUCCCUGGCAAUUUACUGGGUUAGCAAUCAGAUACCCCAUCAAAAUUUUAGUUUAAGAUAUUAGCUAAAGAAUUAAUAUAUAGGAUAGGCAUGCCUUGCAUACAGACAACAGUAUCAAUUAACCAGCACAAUUGGUUUAUUUUAAACUCAGUUUUGAAAAAUGUACUAAUGGUUUCAUUGCUCUCAUGUUGUCAAUGCAAUGGAUCUUAGCCGUACUUAUAUGUGCCGUGCUCUUUUAGCUUCUGAAUCUCACAUUCUUCCUAUGAAGCAGGUAGUUUGAAUGAAUGCAUGUUGUUUGCCCUUUCUUUGAUGGCAAUUGAAACCUUUAUGUUGUGGAAUUAGGCAGGCCAUGUGGGUUUCUGU